UCAGACAUAGGGGAGGGAAAAAGCGAAGUGAUCCAUUGAACCAAAAGUCUUUGCCCUCUCUAAAUUACGUAGUGGCCCAUAUCUUUUCUCUUUUUUUUCCACUUAAAAAAAAAAUUGUUUUUCUUUCUUUUGUACUUGAAGACCUCUGGUUAUUGGUAAUUAGCUUGAGGAGAAUAAAACCAGCCGAUAGGGAGAGGGGUGGUGCAUUGUGGAGCGAGAUGGCUAACAGAAUGGUUCUAUCACUCCUUCAUGGUUUCUUCUACCUAUCUCUGAUUCAGCCCUCUCUUCAAGGAGGUGUGUACGUACCGGCUGGUGCUGGAGUCGGACCAGGAGCAGGAGGAUCUGGACCAGGUGCUGGUCUCUACCCAGGAGCUGGUGGGAUACCCGCAGGAGCAGGCUACAAACCAGCUAAAACUAGUGCUGGAGGAUAUGGAGGACGGGGUGGUGUUGGUGCUGGAGGUCUGGUCCCUGGUGGCGGGGCUGGAGGCAUAGGAGCAGGAGGCCUCGGAGGAGGAGGAGUUGGUGGAAAGGGCCCCAAACCUGGUUAUGGGAACCUUGGUGCUGGUGGUGUUGGGGGCGGUGGUCUUGGUGUUGGAGGAUAUGGAGCUGGUCCUGGAGCCACCGGUCUAGGAACAGGAAGCUUUGGAGGAGGAGGAGGAUACGCUAAGCCUGGAGCUGGUUAUGGAGGAGGCUCGCCGUAUGGAGGAGGCUCGCCGUAUGGAGGCUCGCCUUAUGGAGGAGGUGGUGCUGGGGGCUUCUUCCCUGGAGGUGGUCUGGGACAGAAGGCAGGACCCAAACCAGGCUAUGGGGCAGGAGCUGGACUACAACCAGGCUAUGGUGCAGGUGGACUACCCGGGGGUGGACUACAGCCAGGCUAUGGCGGUGGUGGAUUACAGCCAGGUCUAGGGGGACCUGGAGGCGCAGGAACAGGAGCUGCAGUGCCUGCAGGAGCACCUGUUAUUCCUCAGACUGGACUACCUGGAGGUGGGCUGGGACCUGGUGCCGGAAAAGGAAAGCCUCCAAAAGGAGGAGUGCCAGGUGUGGGGGUGCCUGGACUUUACCAAGGUGGCCAGGUGCCAGGACAAGGGUUUGGUGGUCGUGGAGUGCUGCCCGGUGUGGCCACUGGGAACGGACUCAAUCCCAAAUCAUUGCCAGGUGGAGGACAACAGGGACCAGGAGGCUCAGGUCGUGUUGGUUAYGGAGGCCCAAUGCAGCCAGGAGUAUUCCAUGGAUACCCACUCAAAACACCCAAAACACAAGGUGGCUAUGGAGCGAAAGCUGGAGGAGCUGGAGGCAAACUUCCAUUUGGAUAUGGGGGCUUUGGUGGUGGUGGUGGAGCAGGCCUUCCUGGGGGAAAAGGAGGUCCUGGAUCCAAGCCUGGAUACCCCAUUGGAACUGGUGUGGGGACAGGAGGUCUUAACCCGGCCCAGGCUCAAGCUAAAGCUGCUAAAUAUGGUGCUGGUUUGGGUGGUGUGCCUGGUGCAGGUGGAGCCUACCCUGGAGCGGGAGGAGCUUACCCUGGAGGAUAUAAUCCUGCUGCAGCCAAAGCUGCUAAAUAUGGAGUCCCAGGAGGUGCAGGGGGCRUCCCAGGUCUUGGAUCAGUAGCAGGAGGAGCAGGAGGAGUACCUGGAGGGGUACCCGGAGGAGCUGGAGGAUAUAACCCUGCUGCGGCCAAAGCUGCUAAAUAUGGAGUUCCAGGAGGUGCAGGAGCAGGCCUAGGAGCUGGAGGACUUGGCGGAGUACCAGGAGGGGGAGGGGGGGGUGUACCUGGGGCUGGAGGAUAUAAUCCCGCGGUGGCCAAAGCAGCUAAAUAUGGACUCCCAGGAGGAGGUGCAGGCGGUCUUCCAGGUGCUGGAUUAGUUGCAGGAGGAGUAGGAGGAGUACCAGGAGCUGGGGCUGGAGGAUAUAAUCCUGCUGCGGCCAAAGCCGCUAAAUAUGGAGUUCCAGGAGGAGCAGGCGCAGGGUUAGGAGGAGCUGGAGGCUAUGGAGUGGGAGCCAGGCCUCCCUAUUACGGUGUUCCAGGGAGUGCUGGAUUUGGGGGAGCAGGGGCUUUUCCAGGGGCUGGAGGAUACAACCCUGCCACCAAAGCUGCUAAAUAUGGAGUACCAGGAGGUGCGGGAGCRGGCCUAGGAGCUGGAGGACUUGGAGGAGCAGGRGGAGGGGUACCAGGGGCUGGGGCUGGAGGAUAUAACCCUGCUGCGGCCAAAGCUGCUAAAUAUGGAGUUCCAGGAGGUGCAGGAGCAGGCCUAGGAGCUGGAGGAGUACCAGGAGGAGGAGGGGGUGUACCUGGGGCUGGAGGAUAUAAUCCCGCUGCAGCCAAAGCUGCUAAAUAUGGAGUUCAAGGAGGUGUAGGAACAGGCCUAGGAGCAGGAGGACUUGGAGGAGCAGGAGGAAUACAGGGAGGAGUACCUGGAGGAGGAGCAGGGGUUGUCCCUGGGGCUGGAGGAUAUAAUCCUGCUGCGGCCAAAGCUGCUAAAUAUGGUCAGGGGGCUGCUGGUGGGCCAGGGGGUGGAUAUGGUGGUGUGCCUGCUGGAGGAUAUCCCAGGCCUGGGAGCUAUGGGGGAUAUGGAGGGGCAGCAGGAGGGGCAGGAGCUGGAGGAUAUAAUCCUGCUGCGGCCAAAGCUGCUAAAUAUGGAGCUGGAGGAGCUGGCCUAGGAGCUGGAGGAGCUGGCCUAGGAGCUGGAGGAGCCGGCAUAGGAGGAGCAGGAGGAGGGCCAGGGACUGGGGCUGGACCAGGAUAUGGAGGCUAUGGAGGAUAUGGAGGGGUACCAGCAGGAGGGGCUGCCGCUGCUGCCAAAGCUGCUAAAUAUGGAGUUCCAGGAGGAGCUGGCGUGGCCGGGAGAGCAGGAGGGGUACCCGGGGCUGGAUAUGGAGGACAUAAUCCUGCUGCGGCCAAAGCUGCUAAAUAUGGAGUUCCAGGAGGUGCAGGAGCAGGCCUAGGAGCUGGAGGACUUGGWGGAGUACCAGGGGCUGGAGGAUAUAACCCUGCUGCGGCCAAAGCUGCUAAAUAUGGAGUCACCGGAGGUGCAGGAGCAGGCAUAGGAGCUGGAGGAGCAGGAGGAUUACCAGGAGGAGGAUUACCAGGAGGAGGAGGAGGGGGUGUAACUGGGGCUGGUGGAUAUAAUCCCGCUGCAGCCAAAGCUGCUAAAUAUGGAGUCCCAGGAGGUGUAGGAACAGGCUUAGGAGCAGGAGGAUUUGGAGGAGCAGGAGGAGUACAGGGUGGAGUACCUGGUGGAGUAGGAGCUGAAGGAUAUGAUCCCGCGGCCAMAKCUGCUAAAUAUGGUAAGCCAAACGGAGUGGGCAUCGGUGGAGAAGGUGUACCAGCGCCAGCAGCGACUCCAAGUCCAGGUGUGGGCGUGGGUGGUGGUGUUGGAGGAACUGCCAUUGAGCACACUGACUUACCAGUGGGCACAGGGAUACCUAUCGCAGGCAAACCAGAUCCCACACCUAUUGGCACACAGGCCACAGAGGCCCCAGAGCCAGAGCCCAGUGCCACAGGAUUACCAGGAGUUGGUGCUGGGGUGCUUCAACCUAGUGCUGGUACAGGCCCAGCUCAGCCUGGUGUGGGUGUCGGAGCAGGUGGCAAAGCUCCUAAACCCCCUGGUGCGGGGGGAUACCCGUAUGGUGGUUAUGGACAGGCAGGACGACUCCCGUAUGGUCAUGGACAGGGUGCAGGUGCAGGUGGAUAUCCCUAUGGAGGAGGCUAUGGAACUCCAUACGKAGCAGGAGCUGGACAACUUCCUGGAGCCAAGCCCCUGAAACCUCCAGUUGUGGGAGGAGCAGGCGGUGUGGCUGGAGGAGCAGGUAUUCCUCUUACUGGAGCCGGUGGUGGUGCAGGGGGAUACCCGUAUGGUUAUGGUCAAGGUGGUUAUGGACAGGGACAGGGUGCGAGGUAUCCUGCUGGUGUUGGUCUGGGAGCAGGGGCAGGAGCAGGUCAAAAAGCACCCAAACCCCCAGGUUAUGGUAACCUGGGUGCUGGUGGUGCUGGUUAUAAUCCAGGAGCUGGUGCAGUCCCAGGUUACGGAGGUGGCUACCCACAACAACGGGGCUACCCACAGCAAGGUGGCGGCUACCCACAGCAAGCCUACCCGGGAGCAUACGGAGCAGGCCAGACGGCACCACUGACUCCUCAACAAGCCAAAGCAGCCAAGUAUGGCCCACUCCAGAGCUUCCUUGGUGGAGCAGGAGGAGGAGGCUACAGACCAGGAGGAGUUGCUGCUGGAUGCCAAAGCAAAUACUGUGGAAGGCGGAAGUAGAGGGUGUUCUUGAGAAGAAGUUGAAUUUCAAGAAACAAUGGUGCUACUGCAUUAUCUAGAAUGUACAUUUUAUAUGCACAAAAUCCCCCAUUACAGUAUGUAAAGAUAUGUUGUACUUUAUUUGAUAUUUUUUAUACAAACCCACCGACCCAGACUUUUGCACACAUUUGAUGUGACUUAGUGUUAUUGAUUGUGCCUUUAUCGUUACAGUGGUCAUGGUGCUCAUCAUCUCUUACUGACAUGCCUGCGAUGCUCCCCUUUUAGUAGCUAUACUCAGUAGUUGUGUGUGCAUGCAUGUGUGUGGGCGUGUUUGCGUGGAUGUGUGCCUAUGUGGCUGUGUGUACGUGUGCGCUUGCACGUGUUGCCAUAGAUGUGUGCGUGUUUGGGUAGAUAGGAGAAUGUGAAAGAUUCUCCAGCUAUAGAAGCACCAGUUCAGUAACUGUACAUCCCUCUACUGCAGUAUCCCCAUGUGCUUAGUGUCUGUGUGUACCAAAGUUGGAGAUCUUCACAUACUGACACGUCAAACUAAGGGUUGAGCUUCAAGAGGUAUGGUUGGUAAAGUGCUGAUAAACUUUGGCCAUGUAUCAGAACUGCCUCCUCUAGCUUUCUAUCAUCUCUGCUGCUAUUUAUAGCCCUGGGUGAAAUAGCAGUAUCAUAGCGGGUGUGUGUGGGCACAGGUUUCACAGUCCAUCUGCCAUCAGUAACUAUUUUAAGUGCCAUGGUUUAAGUAGCCUAUCUUCAGCCUUCUUGCCUUGAUUUCCGCCAAACUUGUGAAGUAUGAAGAGCAGGUUUUGCUCUGAAUGUGGGAAAGCUGAUGACAAUCAAUCCAAAGGUGUUCAWAAGAUUUUUAGGUGAUCUUUAAUGAUAUUCAUAUCAUACAUUGUGUCGGUUUGUACCAAUCCUUUGAAAUGCGGUGUGUUUUGUUUCUUAAAUGAUUUGUAUGUUUUUAGUUUUUAGAAAUGCGGGUUUUACAAAAAUGUAAAAGUAAAACUGAAAUCCUUUCGAUACUGCUCUGGCAUGUAUGACAUGUAUGACAUGAACAUUUUGUUUUCUUAAUUAUGUAUAAUUUUUCUGGUGUCCAAGAUUAAGUGCCUAGAAUGUUAUGCAUAUCUGGAAUCAUUCUAGUUUCACAUGCAGUUAUAGUUUAAUUUAUGCAAAUUGUCUCUCAUUAUUCAAGUUUCAAAUGUUUCUGGUCAGAAAAGUAGACUAUCUCCAGAUUUAUGUAAUCUAGAAUAAGGCAACUAACUGUAUGUUGUACUAAUAGCCCUAGGUUAACAUGACUCUCACUUGCUUCAGUUCUUGUAGCCUACUCCGUGGUGCUUUUUAUGAACUGUGUGAGCCGCUCCUGUCAGGGGCCGCUGCCCUGUGCCGUGGGAUAGUGUUCAUCUUAUUUAAACAGAGAAAAAAUAAGGAAUUAUGGGGUUUUGCACUUUUUAAUUUUCAUCGCACAUUUGACUUGUGCCCAGCAAUACCGGCCUUUUAUUUGCUUCAGUAAAAAAACGAAAUAAAAUUGUUUUAAUGAAUACACA